GAGAUACACAUGUAUAUGUAGAGAGAGAGAGAGAGAGAAUAUGGGAAGGGUGAGAGAGUGGAAGGAGCACUGGUAUAUAUAAGUGCUCUUCCGACGUCGAAAGCACCAAGAAUUUGUGUGUGUGUGUGUGUCCCUUUUCUACUUUUUCAUAUGCUUCGACUUGAUUCCACUAACGGCGAUCAAAAGGUUCGUCCAAUUCUCUUUUAAUUUUCUGCACGAUUCAUUCUGUUUAUCUGGUAAUGAAUGAGAUCUGUAGAAUGUUUAGGUUGCUGGAGGAGAGUGGUGUUUUUGUUCAUAAUAAUUAUUAACAUAUGAGAAGCUGAUUGCUUUUGUUAGUUAGGUAGUUCACUUGAUUCAUAUCUGUUGUUGGCCGUUGCUUGCUGUACAAACAAACACCACCGGUGGCAGUAUGAUUGUCAUGGUCAUGUGAGGGCCAAAUCAUACGGCUGUCAUCACUAACCUAAAAGGGACCGACCUUUUAUCGCCUUCCUUCCUUGUCAUAUGGCAUGUAUGUAUGUAUGUAUGAGGUGGGAAGCAAGCACCCUCCUUAUCCUAUGUGUUUCACCUGCCAUACCAUACCAUCUUUUUUAUUUCCAAUAAAACUUAUAGCUAACUAACUACUACUACAACCCAUUUUCCUUUUCAUGUAAAGGCUGUUUGGAUGUGUGAUUAAUUAAACUCGCAUCGGUUAAACUGAAAUCGUGUCUCAUUUGGCUAAGGUGUUGCUGUAAAAGCGAAUUCUUUACAGAUUCCUAUCCUUAAAAAGUUUGUAAUUUGACAUCAAGGGUCUUGGUCUUUGUUGUAUUGUAAGAAAUAAUUGGUUAUUCAGAAAAAAAAAUGUCCUAAGAAACUAUGUAUAAGACGAGUUCAACUAUUUAGAUAUGAAAAGGAGCGACAAAGUUAGUUAAUAUGCCAAAUUCCUAUACAUGAUCCUAGGUUGGAUGAAUAACUAGAGUCAUAGUUUUAAAAAAACGGCUGUGGCGUGCGCCUCAAUGCGCGCCUCGAGGCGAAACGCCCAAGAAACGAUUAUGAGGCGCGCCUCAGGGGAGUUAUGUUGUAUGUGCGCCUCAAAGGGGCUGAGGCGCUAAAAGGGCUGCGCCUCAGGGGUUUUUGGUACUUGUUUUUGAAUUUUUGUGUCAAUUUCAAGCAAUUUAUGUCUUCUUUAUGUGUGUUUUUGAUCAUUUUGAUGAUGAAUUUAGUUAGUAUUAUUAUUUUUAUAAGAUAUACAAUUUUUAUAUUUAUUUUUUUAAUUCCGCCUCGGUUCGCCUUGAGGCUUACGCCUCGUGAGGCGAAGGGAAAACGCCUCAAAACUCGUAUCCGUUCUUUUAAACCUUGACUAGAGUAAAGGCAGUGAAGGAAGUUUUCAGCAUGUGAUCUGCCAUUUGCAGUGAAAGUUAUGUAACUACAAACAUCAACAGAGGGUGAUAUCUCCAUAAAUCAAUGGCCCCAGGAGGAUUGCCUUACUUUGACCCUGACUACGAGACCUUAAGCAUACGAAUAAACCCUCCAAGGGUUUCCGUGGAUAAUGAUGGUUGUAGAGAAUGUACUUUAGUUAAGGUCGACAGUGUAAACAAGCCAGGAAUAUUGCUGGAAGUGGUUCAAAUUCUUGCAGACCUUGAUCUUAUUAUUACUAAAGCCUACAUUUCCUCUGAUGGAGGAUGGUUCAUGGAUGUGUUUCAUGUGACUGACCAACAAGGAAAAAAGAUAACUGACAAUAUGACCAUUGAAUACAUAGAAAAGGCUCUGGGGCCAAAAGGGCAGACGGCAGACGAAAGCAAGUCAUGGUCAGCAAAGAGGGUUGGGGUGCACUCAAACACAGCCAUUGAGCUUGUUGGAAGAGACCGGCCAGGUCUGUUAUCUGAGAUCUCAGCCGUAAUUGCAAACCAACAAUUCAAUGUGGCAGCUGCUGAAGUCUGGACACACAAUAGAAGAAUAGCCUGUGUCGUUUAUUUAAAUGACGAUACCACCACUCACUCUCACGAUCCUGCCCGAUUGUCUGCUAUGGAAGAACAGCUUAAGAAUAUCCUUCGUGUGUGCGGAGGAGGUGACGAUGAUAAAGUCGCUGCUCAUGCUAAUUUCUCAAUGGGUUUGACUCAUAUUGACCGCCGAUUACACCAGAUGUUGUUUGCUGAAAUGGAUUAUGAAGUCAAAGCUGAGGCUGAAGAGCUCAAGAUUUCAGUUGAUCGGUGUUCAGAGAAGGAUUACUCGGUGGUCACUGUAAGGUGUAGAGAUCGGCCCAAACUUAUGUUUGAUAUUGUAUGCACCCUCACAGACAUGCAAUAUGUUGUUUUUCAUGCUACCAUAUCAUCUGAUACCCCCUAUGCAACACAGGAGUAUUAUAUCCGUCAUAUGGAUGGCUCCCCUGUCAACACUCAAGGAGAGGAGGAAAGAGUCAUCAGGUGUCUUGAGGCUGCAAUUCUGCGAAGAGUAAGCGAGGGUCUUAGUUUGGAGCUAUGUGCAAAAGACCGUGUUGGAUUGCUUUCAGAAGUAACACGAGUCCUGCGGGAAAACGGUCUGUCAGUGUCGAGAGCGGGUGUUACAACAGUCGGGGAACAAGCUGUCAACAUUUUUUAUGUAAGAGAUGCCUCCGGGAAUCCGGUGGACAUGAAAACUAUCGAACGACUCAGAAAGGAAAUCGGACACACAAUGAUGCUUAACGUGAAGAGAUCUCCUUCGACUUCAAACGCGACCCAGCCCCAGGCAAGUAAUAAACCCAGCUUUUCAUUUGGGAGCUUAUUUGAACGCUUUAUGCCUUCUUGACACUUUUUUCCUUGUUUUAUGUUUCAUAUCUGUAUAGAAUAAUAAUAAUAACGAUGACGAUAUGUGGCAUACAAUAUAUAGCUUAUGAGCAUGCCACCUUAUAUACUGUCUCUCUUUGUAAAACUAUGUUACUCUUUGUAAACUAUGUUACUCCUGUUUGGUUUUGUUAAGUAA